AUGAGCUCCAAUACUAAACUGACAAAGACGCUGGCCCGCUUCCAGGCAAGAAUUGAGGUCGGUGACUUUUACGAGGCACAUCAAACGUUGCGAACUAUUGCAAACCGUUAUGUUCGCAGUAAACACUAUGGAGAUGCCAUUGACUUGAUUGUAGAGGGUGUGCAGGCUUUUCUAUCGGCCAAACAAGGCGGGUCGGCGACGGAUUUGAUAUUCUAUUUGCUAGAGGUUUACGACACAGCAGAAGUGCAAGUAAGCGAUGUUUCUGUUGCCAGACUGGUGCCACUUUUGGCAAACUUGGACCCAGAAGAACCCAAUUUGAAAGACGUGGUAACGGGCAUGAACAACUGGACCAUUAAAUUUGGACCAUGCAAGUACGGCGACCCAUAUCUACACUCCGUGAUUGGGUCCAAACUCGCAGUUGGAGGAUAUGUGUAUGAGGCAGAGAGAUACUUCGUUUUGGGGACAAAUGACUCUGUGGACAAGUACGUUUCGCUGCUGUGGGAAUGGUUUCUACAAGCCGGCGACAAAAAAGCUGUGGGUGAGUUUUUUGCAAGACCAGUGUUCAACUACCUCUUCAUUGGCAACAUCCAAAACGCCUACGCUGUCAAAGACAAGUUUUUGAAGAAGUUUAUCGACUGGUCGAGCGUUCAGUGUGAAAAGGUUGAUAAGAACGGGUUCGAAAUGUGGUAUUUCGAAGAUUACGCGGACCUCAAUUUUCUACAACUACUCAUUUUGACGUGUCAAACCAAGAACGCCGACCUAUUCAAAAACCUAAAGAGCCACUACUCAGGGUCUAUAGAUCAAUACUCCAGUCAACUAGAGUAUUUGGGCCAGGAGUUUUUCGGAAUGAAGAUACAAAAACCUGUGAACUUCAUGCAGGAUAUAAUGUCCGGGCUUCUCGGCGGUAAGUAG